AUGUCCUUCACCUGCCAAAAGUGCCGCCAGCCCCUCCUCCUCUCACCCACCCUAUCCUCCGAGCUCGACCUCAACCAGUCCGCCUACGACCUCAUACAGGACUCGUUCAUCGCACACCCCCAUCGCAGCCACCCGCAUCGUCAUGCCUCCUCGUCAGCCGCAGCGGCCCAGCUCGGCCACACCCCACACGCCAUCACCACCACCUCCCCCUCCUCGCCCGCCUCACCCGCCGCCACUGGCACAGACGCACAGGGAUCCCUCAGCGCCCGUCUCCUAGCCUCAAGCCGCCUCUUUGACCUCCUCUCCCACCCGCACCUGCCCCACGCCUCCACCUCGGACCCCUCGACCGCCAUCGACCACCCGCUAUGCAACGAGUGCACCGACGCCCUCCUCGAAAUCAUGGACGACCAGAUGGCCAACAUCAGAAAGGAGAGGGACGCCCUCCUCGCAUUUGAGUCAGAGUGCAAGCGCUACGGUGUCAUGCCCAGCUCCAAGGGCACUAGCGACGAGCAGCCGUCGCAGCAGCAGCAGCAGCAACUACAAGACCUCAUCUCUCAGCUCGCGACAGAUGAAAAGCAGGCCAAAGACGACCUUGAACUCGCAGAAUCACAACGACUCAGCGUCGAGGAUGAGCUCCGUGCCCUCGACCAGCAGGAGCGAGCCCUGCAGGCAGAAGAAGAGAGCUUCUGGGCCAAGCACUCGGCCCACGCGCUCGAAAUCGCCCAGCUCAGCUCGGCGCGCUCGUCUCUGCUGACCUCGCUGGACCACACGCGCGCCUCGCUGGCCCGCCUGACGCUGACCAACGUCUACAACGACGCCUUCUGCAUCGGCCACGACGGCGGAUUCGCCACCAUCAACGGGCUGCGCCUCGGCCGCCUUCCGGGCGCCAACGUCGAGUGGAACGAGAUCAACGCCGCAUGGGGUCAGACGGCGCUGCUCCUCUCGACGCUGGCACGCAAGCUCGACGUCGAUUUUCAGGGCUGGCGCAUCCUACCCAAGGGUUCCUUUAGCACCGUCCACCGUACCGACGGCGAUCGGGCCGUGUACGAGCUGUACGGCAGCGGCGACUGGCAGAUUGGGCGGCUGCUCCAGUCGAGGCGGUUUGACCACGCCAUGGUCGGCUUCCUCGACUGUCUCAAGCAGCUCGCGACGUGGGCCAGCCAGCGCGACGAGAGCCUGCGCCUCCCGCACGCCAUCAACAAGGACCGCAUCGGCGAAGCUAGCAUACGCCUCCAGUUUGGACAGGACGAGACUUGGACCCGCGCACUGCGCCACGUGCUCUGGACGCUCAAGGUGCUCCUCAGCUGGACCGUGCAGAGAAUCGACGAACUAGACCCACACCCGCCGCAGCAGGCACAACGGCCCCCGACGACAGCGGCGGCGGCGGCGGCGGCGGCGGCGACGGCGGCGACGGCGGCGGCGACGGUGCCACCAAGUCCCAGAAGAUCCAUUGCGGCCUAG